AUGGAUACGAAUACGACUAUGGAUUUUAAAAUACGAUUACAAAAUCUACUUACCUAUCAAGAUGUACUUACAAGAAAUAGUCUUUUAGCACAGCGUAGUUGUGAUCAUGAAUUCAAUGCUUUUUUAACAUUUCAUAAUGAACUUCGUCGUAAAUAUGCUGAUUUACGUGCAUAUGCUGAUCAAUUAGAUCGAUGUGUUGAACAAUAUAGAAUAGAAUCCGAACGUAAAGAUAAAAAAAUUCAAUCUCAAAGUUCACAUAUUUUACGUUUAACUCAACAUAAUAAACGAAAUACUGAACGUCUUAAUCAAUUACAACGAUGUCUAGAUCAGAUAAAAGGUACAAUCACUGAACAAAAUCCCUAUGUUCAAUUACGUGAUAUACUUCGAGAUUCUAUUAUAUCCGAUAGUGAAACAACAGGAGAUUUAUCCGAUAAAAAUUGUACUGGAGAUGAACUUGAUAAUGAUAAUUUACAUAUGCCUAAAAUUGUUAGUCAAUCAACAGGUAUCGGCGUACUUAAACGAACAGCUAGUAGAAAUGAUGGGUCAACUCCUAUUCAUUCAAAAACUACCAAUAAAAAUGAUAUAAAUAAUGAACAAGAAACUGAUCAAUUAUGUACAUCACCUUAUGCAAAUAUAACUGUUGCUCGAUCAUCACGACAUUCUAUAUCAGUUCAUAAAAGAGCAAAACAUAAAACUCGAAAACCAUCAAAAGAAUUUCUACAUACAAAAUCAGAAGAAUCAGAAUUAAGUACAGACGAUAUAUUUUGGUCAAAACAAGAUGAUAAUCAACAACAACAACCACAAGAUAUACCUCCUUCUAUAUAUCCAAAAUUAUCAAAAAUAAUAAGUCCGCCAUUAGAACAAAAAACAUUAACACCAUCAACACCAAAUGGUAUGAUUAUAAAAAGUCCAUGUAGUAUUGGAUCAUUAGGUACAAAAUCACAUAAUUUUAUAUCAAGAAAUAUUCUUAUACCAGAAACAUGCUGUGUGUGUCUUAAACGUAUACAUUUUGGCAAAUUAGCUUAUCGUUGUCAAGCAUGUAGUGCUCUAUGUCAUACAGGUUGUAAAGAAAAUUGUACUACACUUUGUUUACCAAAUGUAAAAACACCGAAUCGUGGUGUUGUAUCAAAAUUUACUCCUCGAGAAUCAAAUCAAUUACAAGUACCAGCUUUACUUGUACAUUGUAUAAAAGAAAUUGAACAACGUGGCUUACAAGAAGUUGGGCUUUAUCGAUUAAAUGUUGUUGAAGGUCAAGUUAAAGAACUUAAAGACAAAUUACUUAAAUCACGUACUGGUUUACUUGAUUUAUCACAUUAUAAUGAUAUACAUUUAAUUUGUGGUGUUGUAAAAGAUUUUCUUCGUUCAUUAUCGGAAUCUUUAUUAACAGAUGCUUUAUGGAAAUCUUUCGCAUCGAUUAUUGAUGAAGAAUCUGACUUUAUUCAACAACAAAAAAUUGAUACACUUCUUCAACAAUUACCAAAACCAAAUCGUGAAACAUUAGCAUUUAUUAUUCUUCAUUUACAACGUGUUGCUGCAUCACCACUUUGUCGAAUGCCAAUAGUUAAUUUAAGUCGAACAAUGGGUCCAGCAGUGAUUGGUUAUUCGUCAAAACAUAUAUCCGAUAGCGAUAUUGUUGGUGAAACAUAUAGACAAACAAAAUUACUUGAGUCCUUUCUUAAACUACAAUCUGAUUUUUGGAAUAAAUUUCUUGAACAUAAUGAUACUAAUGAAUUAUCAUCAAUGAUACAUAAACGACAAAUUGGUACACCUAUUCUACUCCGUCAUCAACCUUUUCCAAACUCAUCAACAAUACCUAAUUCAGCUCCUCCAAAUACAUUUUUUU